AUGGCCGGAGAACCGGAGUUUAAGUAUGUUGGGAAUAUGCAUGGGAAUGAAGCUGUCGGAAGGGAGUUGCUCAUCUUCUUGGCUCAGUACUUGUGUAAUGAAUACCAGAAAGGAAAUGAAACUAUUAUCAACUUGAUCCAUAGCACACGUAUCCAUAUCAUGCCAUCUUUGAACCCGGAUGGCUUUGAGAAGGCAGCAUCCCAGCCCGGUGAACUUAAAGACUGGUUUGUUGGUCGAAGUAAUGCCCAAGGGAUAGAUCUAAAUCGAAACUUCCCUGAUCUUGAUAGAAUAGUCUAUGUUAAUGAGAAAGAAGGUGGCCCAAACAACCAUCUGCUGAAAAACAUGAAAAAAGCUGUGGACCAGAACCCGAAGCUUGCUCCUGAAACAAAAGGUGUCAUUCACUGGAUUAUGGAUAUUCCCUUUGUGCUCUCUGCCAAUCUUCAUGGAGGAGACCUUGUUGCAAACUAUCCUUAUGAUGAGACUCGGAGUGGCAGCGCUCACGAAUACAGCUCCUGCCCUGAUGAUGCUAUUUUUCAAAGCCUGGCUCGCAGUUAUUCUUCUUUUAAUCCCGCUAUGUCUGAUCCAAACAGACCACCGUGUCGUAAAAAUGACGAUGACAGCAGCUUUGUGGAUGGAACAACUAAUGGCGGUGCAUGGUACAGCGUCCCAGGAGGNAUGCAGGAUUUCAAUUACCUCAGCAGCAACUGCUUUGAAAUCACAGUGGAGCUUAGUUGUGAAAAAUUCCCACCUGAGGAAACUCUGAAGGGCUACUGGGAGGACAACAAGAACUCCCUGAUCAAUUACAUCGAGCAGAUUCAUCGAGGAGUGAAGGGGUUUGUUAAAGAUCUUCAGGGCAAUCCAAUAGCAAAUGCUACAAUUUCUGUGGAGGGGAUAAGCCAUGACAUUACAUCAGCCAAGGAUGGUGAUUACUGGAGAUUGCUUGUUCCUGGAAAUUACAAACUUACAGCCUCAGCACCAGGCUAUCUAGCAAUAACUAAAAAAGUGGCUGUGCCCUUUAGCCCUGCCAUUGUGGUUGAUUUCGAACUGGAGUCGCUGUCUGAAAGAAAAGAAGAGGAGAAAGAAGAGUUGAUGGAAUGGUGGAAGAUGAUGUCAGAAACACUAAAUUUUUAAAUGAAGAUUUUUGCUUUACAGCUUUUAUUCUAUUAUAUGUUGACUUAGUAUAAUGUACUGUGGAAGGUCGCUAUAUUCUAGAUUUUGUGCACUUCACAAUAAUUAACUUUGAAUUUUUCAGUCAUCUUUUGAUUAAUAUGAUUAUGAAUAACUACUAGCCUCCUAGCUGUCUAAAUAAGUUAUUAAUUUUCUUUCAUAUUGUUAUAGAAAAUUUACUCUUAUAUACAAAUCAGAAAAAAUGAGUGAAUGUCUCUGCAGCCUAUAUGGAAGUACAGUCUGUUGUGUAUUAUUUGCAAGUUCAGAAUAUGUAGGUUAACUCUUGAUUUUAAAAAAGAAAUAUGCUGUAGUCAAUUCCCAAUACUGCCAGAAAUAUUUGACAGUGCAUAGUAGUAGACAGUGCUCUUUACUGAGUUCUAUAAUGGAUGUUAUUGAAAAGAUUUAUAAUAACAGUGUGUGGUGUAAUAAUGUUUUACAAGAUUAAAAUUCAGUAUAACAUUUUGUAUGUCUCUGGUGUUGAGGCUAUUUAACUGUGUAGGAAACAUAAGCUGACUUCAUUUUAGUACGCAGAAGGAAUCUACGUAAGCUCUUUUGUUAAAGAUGGCAUGGAGUAAAUUCAGGAAAGAGCAGAGCUUUAUUCCUUAAACUGUUAAUGAUAUUUCAAGAUCAUUUUUUAAUUAUUUCUCAUUACUUCCUAACCAAAUGAAAAAUUAUGAAUGGGCAAAGAAGAGGAGCUUGUGCAUCUCUUUAAUACACUGCUUGUGUUUUACAGCAAGAAAAAAAAAAAUCAUUUCAGGUGACGUCUGUUUUAAUUGGAUAACUACCUUUUCAACAA